CCAGGGGCGUGGUCUAGCGUAGCCUCUGGGCAGGCCAAGCAGCACGUGGACGGAUUCCAGUGUUGGGGCGGGUAGCAAUUUGGGGGCGGCACCCGGUGUCCAGGGCUUGGCCGAGGAAGUGGCCUAUGCCGCGAUGGGGGCCAGGUAGUCACCGGACCCAGGGCCGCUCUUGACCCUAGGGCCGCUCUUGACCCGUUUGCUCCCGGGUUUUAGGGUUUAGAGCAGGGGGCUCGAAACUGGACACAGGAGAACUGGGUUCGAAUUUGACUAUUGCCAGAUCACUCUGUGGGCCUCAGUUGCUCCUCGUACAAAAUUCGUAGCAGUGUCCCACAAAGUGUGGCCUGCCGAUGCCCUCCCUCACCAGAAUCUACUGUUAACUAAUAAUUAGCUAUGCAGUUUCCUGGACUCAGUCCCAGACUCAGUCCCAUACCGGGGGAGCCACGGGGGAUCUGCAUUUGUAACCAAAGCUUCUGGGGUGAUCCCCGUAAAUUCCUUUGAAAACCCUAGGAUUAGAAGGUAUCUGAAGGUAUCCCCUGAGAUGAUCAUGCCGUAGCCGGAGGCUGUUGUGAGGGGUAUAUGUAGUCUUGCCUUUGUCAGGCUGCCCAAUAAUAAUAGCUCUCCAAUAAUAAUACCAACAGCUCCCAACUUCUCUGGACUGAGCUACUCCAUUUCAAGCCCAGAGUGGGUGUAGUUCACCAAGAGCCCUCUCAGUAGAGCCCAUCUGAACAGGAAGCCGAGCCCCAGGGAGAGGAAUAUCUCGCUCUAGGUCACAAAGCAGUAAAGGAGCGAGCCAGAGUUCAACCCAAGUCCAAAGACUCCCAACCCAGUGCUCUCCUGGAGCUUCCAGCGUCCGCCUGCAUUUUGGGAGAACGAAUCUAUCUCCGCGGAGGUGGAGCUCCGCCCGAGUUCUGGUGCAGGAAGGGCUUGGCCACCCACGGCCCUCUACCCGACUUCGGCGUAGGCCACGGGUAGUGAGGGGUGGUCUCCAAGAACCGAGACCCUGUGUCCGGCUCCUGCUGGGGGCGGAGCCAGAUCCAGCGACAGGCGAGCGGGCCAGUGCCGGGCAGGCUGUGGGCCUGACAGCCAAUCGGGAGCCCGGGGCGCGGGGAGCGGGCAGGGAGGCGAGGCACUGGAGCGUGGGGGACCCGCGGGGCUACUCGCCUCCGCCCCACCCCCGCGGUGGGUCCAGGCCCUGCCUGUCCCGGCCCCUGCUGCCUGAGCCCGCGCUCGCGGCUGCAGGCGGUAAGCUGUAGCGGGCCCAGCCCGCGGCUCCGGGCGCCCUCGGAGGGCGGACCUGGGGUCGGACCCGCUGCCCCCCGCCCUGGCCUCCUGCAGAUCGCCACCACCCUUAGCCUCUCCGGCUGAGCUCGGCGCCCCAGAGAGGAUUAAACUCAGAAGAACUGAGAUCCAGAGAGGUGGAGUGACGUGCCAAGGGUCAUCUGACUCUUGGGCAAGUGUAUCCCUCCAGGAAAGGAAAAAGCUGCAGUAUUUUUUUGUCCUCCAAGCAGGAGCACGCAGGGCACCAGGGAGCUCCCUUUCUCCCUGGAGGUGGCAACCAGAAAGUAUAGCAGGGGCCACGGGCUGGGACACUGCUGAUGUCAGGAGCAAGUUUGCAGGCCGAGUGACCACAGGCAACCUCUCAGCCAGGGCCCUCUCAGCAUCGGCAUGGACUCCAGGAUUCCGCCUGCCGGGGGCUGGCUCAGCAGCCGCCCACCCACGUCGGAGCCUGACCUGGAGCCUGCCACAGAGGGGCCAGCCUCCGAGACCACCACUCUCAGUACAGAAGCCACCAGCUUUAAUGACACCAGAAUCCCUGAUGUGGCUGGUGGCACAGCUGGUGUGGGCACCAUGCUUCUGUCCUUUGGGAUCAUCACAGUGAUUGGCCUGGCUGUGGCCAUGGUUUUGUACAUCAGGAAGAAGAAGAGGCUGGAGAAGCUCCGCCACCAGCUCAUGCCCAUGUACAACUUCGACCCCACGGAAGAGCAGGAUGAACUGGAGCAGGAGCUGCUGGAGCACGGGCGGGACGCUGCCUCCGUGCAGGCCGCUGCCUCUGCGCAGGCUGCACAGGGCAAGACCACGCUUCCCUCUCAGGGCCCACUGCAGAGGCCCAGCCGGCUGGUGUUCACUGACGUAGCCAAUGCCAUCCAUGCGUGAGUGGCCCGAGGACCGGCCUGGAUCUCUGAUGAAGACAUCUGCUAUCGUGCCCCUCGAGCUGCCUGCUCCAUGAUUGUUAAGACCCACUCUCAGGACCUGCCCUGCUGAGGCCCAGCUGUUCCAAGGACCUACCUGCUGGCUCUCCAGGCUCUUAGAGAGGGCCCUGGCUAGGCUGGACAUCUGGCUACUGAGGUCUCCUGAUCUGAGGGCCCUGGCAUAGGGGACAGCCCUCCUGUCAGGAAGGUUGAGAGCCACUGCUGGCUUGCUUGUGUCCUGCCCAGACCCCUCACCCCAUGGUCUGCUCCUCUAACGUGGAGGAUGUGGGGGGAGACAUGGGAUGGGAGGGGAGGUAGAGGAGAGUAGGGAGGGGCUCCCCUUUGUCAGGGAGAGACCUGUCUUUGGAAUCCACAGCGUCCUCUAGAAUAGGGAGGGGCAAUCAACCAGGUCUUGGGGACAGGGUGUGGUGACACCCGGGGAGAAGCCUAGGGAUGAACCAGAACUGCCUGGUGGGCAAGGACACCUGGAAGAGGACUGCUCCUACCCAACCCAUCUUUAUUUUGGAUGUUCAGGAGGCCUCCCAGCCACUCUCCCUGGCAGCCAGCUAUUGAUUGGGAAAGGGGGACGGAGGCCGGGGAGUAGGUGCAGAGGGCCCUGAGAGGGUCCAGGAAUGUGUUCACAUGCAGGCAUAUGUCUGUCCUGCACAGGGUAGGAGGGAGACCCUCUGUAUUGGCUCCACCAUCCAAGUCCACCCCACCCCUUUCUGUGUGCGGGAGCACAGGAUAGGCCACUCUCUCUGCCUUCAGCGUUCAGGGACUGAAAGGAGAGGGAAGCCAAGGUGAAGGUCGUGCUGCCCACUGCAUCUCUUCACUGGGCUCCACAAACCAGGUAACCUGCUUCUGAAAACGGUUCCCUGUCCUGGUGUAUAUUGGGGAUCUAGGGUUGUGGGAGAGGCUACUGGACUGAGGGCAGUGGUUCCAGGCUGUGGGCUAUCUGGGAACAUUCUGACUGCCUGAAACAGGGUGGGGAUAGCCCCAUAGAGAACAGUUUUCCUGGUUUUUGAUAGCACAGCCCACCCGCCCAACCCCCCUCAGGAAUUCUUCAACCAGUUUGGGGCAUCUAGGCAAGGCAUGGGACUAAGCCAGACCCCAGAAGCUGGGCAAUCUUCUCCACUGGGCACGCAUGCACACACGAGCAUGCAGAAAAGCAUGCCCACCCCCUACCCCGGUGCCCAGCUUCGCCACCACCGCUGUCCCCACUGAUUGGAAGGGCACAUGGGGGAAGCAGCACAGACCUUCUGUUGGGCAAAUACCACAUGUUAGGAGGGGAGGGCCAAGGAGACCCGUGCGGGGAAGAUUUGGGAUGUAUUCCCUCCUCUUGGUGCUAUAAAUACAUUAGCACUUGAACCAACUGGAGGGCUGUGGGUGAUCUCGGGUGCACAGAUGCUGUAAGGGAACUCGGCCCCUCCAUGUGAGAGCAUUAAAGAUGUCAUUAAGAUGUUUA